AAGCCGAACGGUCUACUAGAAACCAGGAAUCAUAUUCACCAAAAUAUUACGUCAAUAACUCGGCUGAAAGCGGCUCGAAACCUCCGCCGCUGCGCUGAAUGCGCUGUGGAGAGAUUAAUCCACCUAAACCAGUGUCUUUGGUUCUUUCCCUCCGUUCAGAAUGAGGAUUUGUGGUUUUCAGACCCGGUUGUGGAUGGAUCAUUGAACCAAAUCACGCAGCGAUCAGAGGAGUUUGUGUAAGGGUCAAUGGGAAUCGAAGAGCGGUGGUCGAAAGUUAAAGGCGUUUUUGGAUAAGGUGUGAACGGUCGCGAGGCAAACGCGGCGAUUUUCCUUCCGUGCAUGACUGGGUUUGUCAUCUUUGCUGGUUUUGGGGUUCGUCUCCUGUCUGUUUCUCGGAUUUGUCUGCUUGGUGAAGACUGUUCUGUGGAAGAUAUGAAUGUGGUGCUGAAGGUGUCCGGCUUGUAGAUUAAUGGAUGAAGAUGUAGGUGCAUUUCUAUCCAUAUCAAAGCAGUUAGUUUGGUGCAGAUAUAACAUACUCUUUAAAGACAGUCGCUUUCUAAACCUCAUGUCUUGUAGGUGCAACUAACUAAACAUUUACAGACUGUAUUUUAUGCUGCAAUAAAUUUUCCUUUAGUCCGACUGCUUCAUGACACCCGUUGGGUUCACCGGACAUCCUUGCUUGUGCAGGUGACCCAGCAGUGAGCCUUUUGUAUAUUUUCCGUUAUGCUCCCCGUGUUCUGCAUGCAUGAACUUCGAGUUGUUGAAUGGUGGCAGUGCCGUAGGGUUGGCGUUGCCUAGUGGUUAAACAUCUGAGCCGGUGACUGAAAGCUUGAAGGUCUCGACCCUAAAAGCGGAGAUCUAUCACCGCCGUGUCCUUGACCCCAUAGGGACCGUCCUCCCAGAAAGUGUGGUGUUAGUCAGCUAAAUGAAUUGGGAACUCAUAGCCCAUUAGAAAGCCCUGAGAGCAUGGCAGAUAAGACGGCCCCUCGCUGCCAGCUGAGAUUAGAAUGGAUUCAUGGAUACAGGGGCCACCAGUGCAGGAAUAACCUCUACUACACCGCCGGGAAGGAGAUCGUCUACUUCGUGGCUGGAGUCGGGGUGGUUUACAACACCCGUGAGCACACGCAGAAGUUUUAUUUGGGACACAACGAUGACAUCAUCAGUCUAGCUCUUCAUCCUGAUAAGAUCCAGGUGGCCUCCGGUCAGGUUGGGAAGGAUCCGUAUAUCUGUGUGUGGGACUCAUACACACUGACCACAGUGUCCAUACUGAGAGACGUUCACACUCAUGGUGUGGCGUGUCUGGCCUUUGACGCUGAUGGACAGCGUUUAGCUUCCAUCGGACUUGAUGCCAAAAACACUGUGUGUGUUUGGGACUGGAAAAAAGGGCGGGUCCUUGCCAACGCAACGGGACAUUCUGAUAGGAUCUUUGAUAUUUCCUGGGAUCCGUUUCUCCAGCACAGACUGGUGAGCUGUGGAGUCAAGCACAUUAAAUUCUGGACAUUAUGUGGAAAUGCACUGACGCCAAAACGAGGGAUUUUUGGAAAGACGGGGGACCUGCAAACUAUUCUGUGUUUAGCGACGGCGAAAGAUGAAGUGACGUAUUCCGGCGCUCUGAAUGGAGACAUUUAUGUGUGGAAGGGGUUGAACCUGACGCGAACGAUACAGGCGGCACACGGAGCUGGGAUCUUCAGCAUGCACUCAUGUGAAGAAGGUUUCGCCACCGGCGGUCGUGACGGAUGUGUCAGGCUGUGGGAUGUGGAUUUUAAACCCAUCACUAAGAUCGACCUCAGGGAGGCUGAGCAAGGUUAUAAAGGGCUGUCGAUCCGCAGCGUGUGUUGGAGGGCUGACCGGAUCCUGGCGGGAACACAAGACAGUGAGAUCUUUGAGGUGAUGGUGAGAGACCGAGACAAGCCGCUGUUGAUCAUGCAGGGUCACUCUGAGGGCGAGCUGUGGGCCCUCGAUCUGCAUCCCAAACAACCGCUGGCUGUGACCGGCAGUGACGAUCGAUCCGUACGACUCUGGAGUUUGUCUGAACACACGCUGAUCGCUCGCUGUAACAUGGAGGAAGCUGUACGCAGCGUGUCCUUCAACAACGACGGCUCUCAGCUCGCUCUCGGGAUGAAGGACGGAUCUUUUACAGUUCUACGUGUCAGAGACAUGACGGAGGUGGUCCACAUCAAGGACAGAAAGGAGGUCAUUCAUGAGCUGAAGUUCUCACCCGAUGGCUCGUAUCUGGCCGUGGGCUCUAAUGAUGGGUUUGUGGAUAUCUACGCCGUGGCCCAGCGAUAUAAGAAAGUUGGAGAAUGCAACAAAUCCACCUGCUUCAUAACUCAUCUGGACUGGUCUGUGGACAGUCGAUUCCUGCAGACCAAUGACGGAGCCGGAGAACGAAUCUUCUACAGGAUGCCAACCGGUAAAUUUCUGCCUAAAGAGGAAGCCAAAGGCAUUCACUGGAUGACGUGGACGUGUGUUCUCGGACCGGAGGUGAACGGAAUCUGGCCCAAAUAUUCCAAUGUCAAUGACAUCAAUUCUGUGGACGCCAACUACAGCAGCGCAGUGAUGGUGACGGGUGACGACUUCGGUCUCGUGAAGCUCUUAAGAUUCCCGUGUCUUAAAAAAGCUGCAAAAUUUAAGAAAUACAUCGGCCAUUCCGCCCACGUGACCAAUGUGCGCUGGUCACAUGACCUGCAGUGGGUUCUGAGCACGGGCGGAGCGGAUCACUCGGUGUUCCAGUGGAGGUUUCUGCCAGAAGGAGUCAUGAAUGGAGUUCUGGAGCCGCUGCUGCAAGAGGGAUACGCUGAUUCCAACAGUGGCGAGUCGGAUUCGGAUCUCUCGGACGUUCCCGAGCUGGACUCAGACAUUGAGCAGGAAGCCCAGAUGAACUACGAACGUCAGGUUUAUAAGGAAGAUCUUCCUCAGCUGAAGAAGAAGCUGACUGGAUCUCUGAAGAGACAGAAAGCUCCAGACGAGGGCCUUCGCUUGCAGUUCGUCCACGGGUACAGGGGUUGUGACUGCAGGAAUAAUCUGUUUUACACGCAGACGGGUGAAGUGGUGUAUCACGUGGCCGCUGUGGCCGUGGUGUAUAACAGACAGCAGCACACACAGAGGUUUUAUCUGGGACACGAUGAUGACAUUCUCAGUCUGACCGUACAUCCGCUCAAGGACUAUGUGGCCACUGGACAGGUGGGUCGAGAUCCCGCCAUCCACGUGUGGGACAUCCAAACACUGAGAUGUUUGUCUCUUCUGAAGGGUCAACAUCAGAGGGGUGUGUGUGCGCUGGAGUUCACAGGAGAUGGAAAGAGUCUUGUGUCAGUGGGAAUCGAUGAAGAUCAUUCCAUAGUCAUCUGGGACUGGAAAAAAGGCGAAAAGUUGGCCAAAGCAAGAGGUCACAGGGAUAAGAUCUUUGUGGUGAAAGGAAACCCGUUCCGCAUGGACAAACUGGUCACAGUGGGCAUGAAGCACAUCAAGUUCUGGCUGCACACAGGUGGAGGACUCACAUUCAAGAGGGGCAUCUUUGGAAAUCUUGGCAGGCAGGAGACCAUGAUGUCCGCCUGUUACGGCCGCUCAGAAGAUCUGGUGUUCUCCGGGGCCACCAGCGGUGACGUCUACAUCUGGAAAGACACGACGCUCAUGAAAAGCAUCAAGUCUCACGAUGGCCCAGUGUUUGCCAUGUGUUCUCUGGAUAAGGGAUUCGUGACGGGAGGUAAAGACGGCGUUGUGGAAUUGUGGGACGACAUGUUUGAGAGAUGUUUGAAGACAUACGCCAUCAAGAGAGCGGCUCUCUCCCCGUCCUCUAAGGGACUGCUUCUAGAAGAUAACCCCUCCAUCAGAGCCAUUACGCUGGGUCACGGCCACAUCCUGGUGGGCACCAAAAAUGGAGAGAUCCUGGAAAUCGACAAGAGCGGCCCAAUGACUUUACUGGUACAGGGUCAUAUGGAGGGUGAGGUGUGGGGUCUGUCUGCUCAUCCACUGCUGCCCAUAUGUGCCACCGUCAGUGAUGAUAAAACCCUGCGCAUCUGGGAGCUCUCGGCCAAUCACCGCAUGGUAGCUGUGCGCAAACUUAAAAAAGGUGGUAGGUGCUGUGCCUUCUCACCUGAUGGUAAAGCUUUAGCUGUGGGUCUGAAUGAUGGCAGUUUUCUGGUGGUGAACGCUGACACACUGGAGGAUAUGGUGACCUUUCACCACAGGAAGGAGAUCAUCUCUGACAUCAGAUUCUCUCAGGAUGCUGGUAAAUAUCUGUCUGUGGCUUCUCAUGACUCAUUUGUGGACAUUUAUAAUGUUCUGACCAGUAAGAGGGUGGGCAUCUGUAAAGGAGCGUCCAGCUGCAUCACGCAUGUCGACUGGGACGUCCGCGGAAAACUGCUUCAAGUCAACACCGGUGCUAAAGAGCAGUUGUUUUUUGAAUCUCCACGUGGACGAAGACAAACCAUCAGCACGUCAGAGUUUGAGAAGAUGGAAUGGGCCACUUGGACGUCUGUGCUGGGCUCCACGUGUGAGGGCAUCUGGCCUACUCUCAGCUUUGUAAACGCCUCUUCACUUACCAAAGACAAGAAGCUGCUGGCCACCGGAGAUGACUUCGGUUUCGUCAAACUCUUCGGCUUUCCAUGCAAGGGCCAAUUUGCCAAGUUUAAAAAGUACGUGGCUCAUAGUGCCAACGUGACAAAUGUAAGAUGGUCCAGUGACGAUGCCAUGCUGCUGUCGGUGGGCGGAGCCGACACCGCCCUCAUGAUCUGGGCUCGAGAGGGGAUCGGUCCACGAGAAAGCAAAGCCGUAGACAGCGAGGAAUCAGAUGAUGAUGCAGAUGAAGAUGGAGGAUACGACAGUGACGUGGCACGUGAAAAGAACAUGGACUACACCACAAAGAUCUACGCUGCUAGUAUUAGACAGAUGACGGGUGUGAAACCGCACCAACAACAAACAGAGGUUCAGGUGGAUGAAAGACCUCCGGUGAGUCGUGCCGCACCGCUGCCGGAAAAAGUGGUGAAGAACAACAUCACAAAAAAGAAGAAACUCGUGGAGGAGCUGUCUCUGGAUCAUGUGUUUGGUUACAGGGGCUUUGAUUGUCGGAAUAACCUUCACUACCUCAAUGAUGGAGCGGAUAUCAUCUUCCACACGGCCGCUGCUGCCAUCAUUCAGAAUCUCUCGGCUGGUACUCAGAGCUUUUAUCUCGAGCACACGGAUGACAUCCUCUGUCUAACUGUCAAUCAACACCCCAAAUAUCAAAACAUCAUUGCCACGGGUCAGAUCGGCGACAUCACCGAUCUGCCAGGUCUGGCCCCUUCCAUUCACGUUUGGGACGCUAUGAGUAAACAGACGCUGUCUGUGCUCCGCUGCUCUCACGCUAAAGGUGUCGGAUACGUCAACUUCAGUGCCACCGGAAAACUCCUGCUGUCUGUGGGGGUGGAUCCUGAACACACCAUCACUGUGUGGCGCUGGCAGGAAGGCGGUAAAGUUUGCAGUAAGGGAGGUCACGUGGAUCGGAUCUUCGUGGUGGAGUUCCGGCCCGACUCUGACACUCAGUUUGUGUCUGUGGGAAUUAAACACAUUAAGUUCUGGACUCUGGUGGGAGGAUCUCUGCUUUAUAAGAAAGGAGUGAUGGGAACGGUGGAGGACGCUCGUAUGCAGACCAUGCUGUCGGUAGCGUUUGGAGCUAGUAACUUGACGUUCACCGGGGCUAUAAACGGUGACGUGUACGUGUGGCGAGAUCAUUUUCUGGUGCGUGUGGUGGCUAAAGCUCACACCGGACCCGUGUUCACCAUGUACACCACGCUCAGAGAUGGACUCAUAGUGACCGGAGGCAAAGAGAGACCGACUAAAGAGGGAGGUGCUGUGAAACUAUGGGAUCAGGAGAUGAAGAGAUGCCGGGCGUUUCAGCUGGAGACAGGACUACCCGUCGAGACCGUCCGGUCUGUUUGCAGAGGAAAGGGUAAAAUUUUGGUGGGAACUAAAGACGGAGAGAUCAUAGAGGUGGGAGAGAAGAACGCCGCCUCCAACACCAUGAUCAACGGACACACGCAGGGACGCAUCUGGGGUCUGGCCGCCCACCCCUCCAAAGAUGUGUUUAUUUCUGCCAGCGACGACGGAACCAUCCGUAUCUGGGACCUGGCGGAUAAAAAACUUCUGAACAAAGUCAGUCUGGGUCACCCUGCCAAAUGUGCGGCGUACAGUCCAAACGGUGAGAUGGUGUCCAUCGGGAUGGAGAACGGAGAGUUUAUCGUGCUGUUGGUGAAUUCGCUGACGGUCUGGGGGAAGAAGCGGGACCGCAGUGUCUGCAUCCAGGACAUACGGUUUAGUUCUGAUAACCGUCUGUUAGCCGUCGGGUCAGUGGAGUGUGCCGUGGACUUCUAUGACCUCACUCUGGGUCCGUCUCUGAACCGCAUCGGCUACUGUAAAGACAUUCCUGGAUUUGUCAUCCAACUAGAUUUCUCUGCCGACAGCAAAUACAUUGAGGUCUCUACCGGGUCCUAUAAGAGGCAGAUGCAUGAGGUUCCCAGUGGAAAGAUGGUGACGGAACAGUUUUUGAUUGACAGGAUCACCUGGGCGACGUGGACCAGUGUUCUCGGCGAUGAGGUUUUGGGUGUCUGGCCUCGUAAUGCGGAGAAAGCCGAUGUCAACUGUGCCUGUGUCUCUCACGCCGGGCUCAACGUGGUCACCGGAGAUGAUUUUGGUCUCGUCAAACUCUUCGACUUUCCCUGCGCGGAGAAAUUUGCCAAACACAAGAGAUACUUCGGUCACUCUGCUCAUGUGACCAACAUCCGCUUCUCUUAUGAUGACAAAUAUGUGAUUAGUGUAGGAGGCAAUGACUGUAGUGUGUUUGUGUGGAGAUGUGUCUGAUGGUCCUCCCGCAGACCCGCAGAGCUUCUCCUCUGAUACCUCCAGCGUUUGGAUGCUGCACUUUUGUUAUGCUGCGUUUAAUCCGUGCACAUCUGAUGGACUCUACACGUGCACCGAGUGUGUUGAGGGGCUUUUUUUUAAGAAUCAUUAUGUGAAGUGCAAUGUUUACGCUUUCGUGUACUUUUACCACAAAAAAAUGACACUCAUAAUCACGCCAACUUGUUUUUAUUGUUGAUUUUUUUCUGAAGUGCCUUGGAGACACAUUUCGCUGAUCUUUGCCCCUGAAAUGUUUCUUAUGACAUACACAUGGUGCUAUAUGUCCACUCAGAGCUCUUAGUUACUUAAAACAACUCAUGCAUUAUGCAACGUUUCUUUCUUUCCUUCUUUUUUACAUUUUGUACAUAAAUGUGAUGUGUCCACUCACUAAAUGCUCUUCCUGUUCAAAAUAUCCAAAAACAUGGUUCUCAGGAGCCUUUACGGCAAAAUGAAGUACUGUCAUGUGUAGAUGUUAUAUUCCACCUGUGCUAUUUUUGUUAAAAUAUUUAUUUUUAUGUACGUAUUUACGUAUAAAGUAUGCAAUUUAGUCGGUGUUGGAAUUGUGGGCGUAUAUGAACAUUGCAAAAAAAAAACUCGCUGUCCAAAUAUAAAAGAAUUGUGAAAUGUAUGUAGUGCCGUUGUCUGUUGCGACGUGUGUAGGUUGCGAUGCACUGUGUGUAGACGAUAUUGUAGACAGCUGCUGUUUAUCAUGUGCAGAUCAGUGAUAUCUGUCAUUUGUAUGUUGGUGUUUUUGUAAUUUCUGUCAAACCAGAGAUAAAUCUAAAUCGAAAGAUAUAUAAUAAUGCAUGAUUCAAAGUCUGUGUGAUUGUCGAACAUGAAUGAAUACUGUUAUUUUAUAAUUAAAGAGACCAAUGUGCAAUGUGAA